AGCGGAAGAGUUUAGAGGCACACUGGGUAGGUUUGAAUUUGUUUUGUUUUCAGAAAUUAAACAAAUGAUCCUUCAACAUCAUCGCCUCCACUGCUUUAUCAGGUCGCGUAGGGCAUGGAGCUGGAGAACUAUGAACAGCCCGUGGUGCUGAGAGAGGACAACUGCCGCAGGCGCCGGAUGAUGAAGCCGCGCAGCACGGCGGCCAGCCUGUCCUCCAUGGAGCUCAUCCCCAUCGAGUUCGUGCUGCCCACCAGCCAGCGCAACGCCAAGACCCCCGAAACGGCGCUGCUGCACGUGGCAGGCCACGGCAACGUGGAGCAGAUGAAGGCCCAGGUGUGGCUGCGCGCGCUGGAGACCAGCGUGGCCGCCGACUUCUACCACCGGCUCGGCCCCGACCACUUCCUCCUGCUCUACCAGAAGAAGGGGCAGUGGUACGAGAUCUACGACAAGUAUCAGGUGGUGCAGACCCUGGACUGCCUGCGCUACUGGAAGCUGCUGCACCGGAGCCCAGGGCAGAUCCACGUGGUGCAGCGGCUCGCGCCCUCCGAGGAGACGCUGGCCUUCCAGCGCCAGCUCACCGCCCUCAUCGGCUACGACGUCACCGAUGUCAGCAACGUGCACGACGACGAGCUGGAGUUCACGCGCCGCCGCCUGGUCACCCCGCGCAUGGCCGAGGUGGCGGGCCGCGACCCCAAGCUCUACGCCAUGCACCCCUGGGUGACGUCCAAGCCCCUCCCCGAGUACGUGCUGAAGAAAAUCACCAACAACUGCAUCUUCAUCAUCAUUCAUCGCAGCACCACCAGCCAGACCAUCAAGGUCUCGGCCGAUGACACCCCAGGCACCAUCCUCCAGAGCUUCUUUACCAAGAUGGCCAAGAAGAAGUCCCUGAUGGAUAUUCCCGAAAGCCAGAACGAACAGGACUUUGUGCUGCGCGUCUGCGGCCGGGAUGAGUACCUGGUGGGUGAGACGCCCAUCAAAAACUUCCAGUGGGUGAGGCAGUGCCUCAAGAACGGGGAGGAGAUUCACCUGGUGCUUGACACUCCGCCGGACCCCGCCCUGGACGAGGUGAGGAAGGAAGAGUGGCCGCUGGUGGAUGACUGCACAGGAGUCACCGGCUACCACGAGCAGCUGACCAUCCACGGGAAGGACCACGAGAGCGUGUUCACCGUGUCCCUGUGGGACUGUGACCGCAAGUUCAGGGUCAAAAUCAGAGGCAUUGAUAUCCCUGUUCUGCCCCGGAACGCUGACCUCACGGUUUUUGUGGAGGCAAACAUCCAAUAUGGGCAGCAAGUCCUUUGCCAAAGGAGAACCAGCCCCAAACCCUUCACGGAGGAGGUGCUCUGGAAUGUGUGGCUUGAGUUCAGUAUCAAGAUCAAAGACUUACCCAAAGGGGCUCUGCUGAACCUCCAGAUCUACUGCGGCAAAGCGCCAGCUCUGUCUGGUAAGGCCUCUGCGGAGACUCCCAGUCCCGAGUCCAGAGGCAAAGCUCAGCUUCUCUAUUACGUGAACCUGCUGCUGAUAGACCACCGGUUCCUCCUGCGCCACGGGGAGUACGUGCUGCACAUGUGGCAGUUAUCCGGGAAGGGGGAAGACCAAGGGAGCUUCAAUGCCGACAAGCUCACAUCUGCCACCAACCCGGACAAGGAGAACUCAAUGUCCAUCUCUAUUCUUCUGGACAAUUACUGUCACCCCAUAGCCUUGCCUAAGCAUCGGCCCACCCCUGACCCAGAAGGGGACCGGGUUCGAGCAGAAAUGCCCAACCAACUUCGGAAGCAACUGGAGGCAAUCAUAGCCACUGAUCCACUUAACCCUCUCACUGCCGAAGACAAAGAGUUGCUCUGGCAUUUCAGAUAUGAAAGCCUUAAGGAUCCCAAAGCGUAUCCUAAACUCUUUAGCUCAGUGAAAUGGGGACAGCAAGAAAUUGUGGCCAAAACAUAUCAAUUGUUAGCCAGAAGGGAGGUCUGGGAUCAAAGUGCUUUGGAUGUUGGAUUAACAAUGCAACUCCUGGACUGCAACUUUUCAGAUGAAAAUGUAAGAGCCAUUGCCGUUCAGAAACUGGAGAACUUGGAGGACGAUGACGUGCUACAUUACCUGCUGCAGCUGGUCCAGGCUGUGAAAUUUGAACCAUACCAUGACAGUGCCCUUGCCAGAUUUCUGCUGAAGCGUGGUUUAAGAAACAAAAGAAUUGGUCACUUCUUGUUUUGGUUCUUGAGAAGUGAGAUCGCCCAGUCCCGGCACUAUCAGCAAAGGUUUGCAGUCAUCCUGGAAGCCUACUUGAGGGGCUGCGGCACGGCCAUGCUGCAUGACUUCACCCAACAAGUCCAAGUAAUCGACAUGUUACAAAAGGUCACCAUUGAUAUUAAAUCACUCUCUGCUGAAAAGUAUGAUGUCAGUUCCCAAGUUAUUUCCCAACUUAAGCAAAAGCUUGAAAGCCUACAGAAUUUGAAUCUCCCCCAAAGCUUCAGAGUUCCCUAUGACCCUGGACUGAAAGCAGGAGCACUGGUGAUUGAAAAAUGUAAAGUGAUGGCCUCCAAGAAAAAGCCCCUGUGGCUUGAGUUUAAAUGUGCCGACCCUACAGCUCUAACAAAUGAAACAAUUGGAAUUAUCUUUAAACACGGUGAUGAUCUGCGUCAGGACAUGCUUAUUUUACAGAUUCUACGAAUCAUGGAGUCCAUUUGGGAGACUGAAUCUUUGGAUCUGUGCCUUCUGCCAUAUGGUUGCAUUUCAACUGGUGACAAAAUAGGAAUGAUCGAGAUCGUGAAAGACGCCACCACAAUUGCCAAAAUUCAGCAAAGCACAGUGGGCAACACUGGCGCCUUUAAAGAUGAAGUCCUGAAUCACUGGCUCAAAGAAAAAUGCCCUAUUGAGGAAAAGUUUCAGACAGCGGUGGAGAGAUUUGUUUAUUCCUGUGCUGGCUACUGUGUGGCAACCUUUGUUCUUGGAAUAGGCGACAGACACAAUGACAAUAUUAUGAUCUCAGAGACAGGAAAUCUAUUUCAUAUUGACUUUGGGCACAUUCUUGGGAAUUACAAAAGUUUCCUGGGCAUUAAUAAAGAGAGAGUGCCAUUUGUGCUAACUCCAGACUUCCUGUUUGUGAUGGGGACUUCUGGAAAAAAGACAAGUCUACACUUCCAGAAAUUUCAGGAUGUCUGUGUCAAGGCUUACCUAGCCCUUCGUCAUCACACAAACCUACUCAUCAUCCUCUUCUCCAUGAUGCUGAUGACAGGAAUGCCCCAGUUAACCAGCAAAGAAGAUAUAGAAUACAUUCGGGAUGCCCUAACAGUGGGGAAGAGCGAGGAGGAUGCUAAAAAGUAUUUUCUGGAUCAGAUUGAAGUUUGCAGAGACAAAGGAUGGACUGUACAGUUUAACUGGUUCCUACACCUUGUUCUCGGCAUCAAACAAGGGGAGAAACAUUCUGCCUAAUACUUUGGGCUAGAAUUAAAAAGCUUUAAAUCAGCCCAGCAGUCAUCAAGCGUGAUUUAAAAUGUCAUAGGACAUUAUGAAAGCUGCCACUUGAGAAAUAUAGCUCUUUCUCUAGCUGAACUCUUCCCUGGAGAAAAAUAUUGGCGUGUCUGAUUGUUUAAGUGAUGUUCAGUUUCAGGCUUAUUUGCAGCUUUGUUUUUUUUCUCAUUUGUCUCCGUGAUGUUGGAGAACAUUCUAAGUUAAAACAGCCUAAUUCCUCUCUCAUGGUGACUGAUGUUUUGACUAUCAUAUUAUUGAGUACUUCUGGAAAUUCUUUAGAAUAAUUGGUAACAUCUCUUUUCAUCUGGGUUUCCUCUCAGUUUUGGUUAUCCUUGUGUUUCUCAAACUCUUUUCAAAAGAAAAAAAAGUGAUCACUCUAACCUUUGUCUCAUUCCUUAAAUGACACUUCCAAACAUCCCCUCCAAGGUUGCAGACGUUAGUGAUGUGCUGAAAGCAAGGAAAGCAAGCUAGUCUUUUCAGGGUCUUUUGUAAUUAGGUUCUGUUACCACUGAGACUCACAAACACAGAAUGGAAAAUCUGAACCUUUGUGCUCUGGCCCUUCUCUGCUGGUCUGGUUCAGGGCUAAAAACAGCAAAAUUUGUCUCAACGCUGCCUACAGAGGUCUCUCUCAAGUACAAUUAUGAUAGCCUUCUCGGUAUAGAAACAGGAAGUAACUACAGGGACUCAUUUGGGGCUUUUAUAUUCCCCACCCACUGCCUUUCUCCCUGCCUCUCUUCUUCCUCACUUUCCACCUUCUCACGUCUCUUUAUUCAGAGUUGUGAAAUCUUCAAGAACACCUUUACCCUAGAACUCAACAAUUAAUGGAAAAAGAAUUUCUCCUUUAAGGAUACUAGAAUUUUAGGUAGUUAUGUGUAAAGAUGUUUGCCAGGGUUUUUAGAAAGUAUGUUAUUAAAGAAGACAU